AUGGGCUUCAUAUCCACCGUAUCACGCUGCAUGCGCAAGAACUGCCUCUCCAAAAGACUCUCAAUAACAAGCACCAAACUGCACGACGAAGACUCAAACGAUCUAAUCAAAACAACUUCCGGAACAGCCUCGACCCGUGCAAGCAUGGACUCCACCUCAACCAUGGUCCACCACUCCUUCCACGAGGCAGUGCUACCAUGCGAGUCCCCAGCAAACCAUAUGCAGAUCAGGCCAGACGAUGGAAAUAUGCGGACUUUGUUCGAUGCCAAUACCGCACCCUGCCAUUUACCGACAGAUCGCGCUACCAAGGCGCUAUCUAGACCCGCGUAUCCGGUUCUGAAAUUGGAUUGUCGGUCGCCUGUUGAGGCACCGAGGAGGGUGCUACAAGCGCCUGUAGAGAUUACGAACAACCCUUCAGACAAUGUUGGUGGUUAUCUGGGAAAGGGUGCUUCAGGUGUUUCGUCGCCGGUAGCAUCCCCGAAGUACUUUUCACCCACGCAGAAAUGUGUGUCUGAGAAGAAGGAUAAGAGGUCCAUGUCGGCUUUGCUGAAGAGGCAUUGUGGAUUGAAUGUCCCACGCUCGUCGAUUUCGAUUAAGUCUUCGCGCGGGCUACAGUCGCCGAAGUGGUUGGAUUCUGCGGGGGUUACAGAGGAGGAGGGUUUGGUGGAUAAGACGAAUGGGAAGUGGGUUGAGGCGUAG